AUGACGGAGACAAAUGAGAAAAACUUUUAUUUUGUAUGCAAAAAUUUAUUUGCUGGAGGUGUAGCUGGUAUGUGCUCAAAGACAACUGUAGCACCAUUAGAUCGUGUUAAAAUAUUACUACAAGCUCAUAAUUCACAUUACGCAACAUAUGGCGCAAUUUCUGGUUUACGAAGAAUUAUAAAACAUGAAUCAGUGCUAGCUUUAUAUAAAGGAAAUGGUGCGCAAAUGGUUCGAAUAUUUCCAUAUGCGGCUACACAAUUUACGGCUUUUGAAAUUUAUAAAAAAUAUUUUGGUAGAGUAAUGAAAACAACAUCACAUUUAGAUAAAUUUGUAGCUGGUUCAAUGGCGGGUGUUACAGCGGUUACGUUAACGUAUCCGCUGGAUACAAUCCGUGCACGGUUAGCGUUUCAAAUAACCGGUGAAGACAUUUAUUCAGGAAUUAUACAUACGGCUGUGUCUAUUUUUAAAGAUGAAGGUGGAAUACGAGCACUGUAUCGUGGAUUUUUACCCACAUUAAUGGGUAUGGUCCCGUAUGCAGGAUUUUCAUUUUAUUGUUUUGAAAUGUUUAAGUACACAUGUAUGACGUAUGCUCCAAAAUGGACGGCCAAGCCAUGUCCUAGAAAUACAGGUGGACUAGUUUUGACAGUCCCUGCAAAAUUAUUGUGUGGGGGAUUUGCUGGAGCUGUUGCACAAAGUAUAGCCUAUCCGUUAGAUGUUACACGAAGGCGAAUGCAAUUAGCACUGAUGAUUCCAAGUACAAGAAAAUUUGGCGCACUGAGCAUGUCAAAAACAUUAGUUCUUAUUUACAAAGAGAAUGGUAUUGUACGUGGAUUGUAUCGAGGUAUGUCAAUCAACUAUAUGCGUGCAAUUCCAAUGGUGGCUGUAUCAUUUGCUACGUACGAGAUGAUGAAACAAAUAUUAAAAAUGGAUACUGGAUUAUCCGUUUAAUUACAAUAAACGCAAAAAAUGACAAUUUUAAGAGAAAAAUAUAAUUAAUAUAUAAUAUAAGGAU